CGCCUCUACCACCUCCAUUAACCAAAUUAACCAACAAGAAGCUGGUUUACCUGCAUUCGAUGCGAACGCAGCCAUCCACCGAAAAGGUAUUACUUGUGACUCUCCGAUUAAUACAUGGUCUAAGUGUUUUCUCAAACAUGCUACACCUAAUCGAGAUGCUGGUAUUCGUAUCGACUAUAUAUUUUACCGUAAAACAUCGAGAUUUUGGUGCAGUGGUUCACGUGUUGUCUUUACCGAAAGGAUUCCAGAAUUGGGAUACUCUUAUUCCGAUCAUUUUGGUGUUGAAGCUACAUUUACACUUGUUGGACGCGACAAGAAUUCAGUUAUUCCGUUAUCUGUUUGGGAACAAGGCCCUUAUGAAACUUUACAUGAAUUGGAUACUCGCUCAAUUAAAACCAUGAUUGAUAGUUUUUGUAUAAUUAAAGGUUAUGUGCUAAUGUUGGUCAUAACUUUGACAUGA